GGGGCAGGGGAAAAAAGCUUUUCCAAAAAAGUAUUGGCUGUCUCGAGGAAUGCGGUCGUCCCCUUGGGAAAGUACAUAUCUGGGAGCAGCAGGCGGCUUCGCGCUCGCACUCCGGCUCGGCCGCCCCACCGCGCUCGCGCUUCGCUGCUCUCGCCGCAGCCCUCGGGCCCCUCGCCACCGCCACCAUGGACGCCAUCAAGAAGAAGAUGCAGAUGCUGAAGCUCGACAAGGAGAACGCCUUGGAUCGAGCCGAGCAGGCGGAGGCCGAUAAGAAGGCGGCGGAGGACAGGAGCAAGCAGCUGGAAGAUGAGCUGGUGUCGCUGCAAAAGAAACUCAAGGGCACCGAAGAUGAACUGGACAAAUACUCCGAGGCUCUUAAAGAUGCCCAGGAGAAGCUGGAGCUGGCAGAGAAAAAGGCCACCGACGCUGAAGCUGAUGUAGCUUCUCUGAACAGACGCAUCCAGCUGGUUGAGGAAGAGUUGGAUCGAGCCCAGGAGCGUCUAGCAACAGCUUUGCAGAAGCUGGAGGAGGCUGAGAAGGCAGCAGAUGAGAGCGAGAGAGGCAUGAAAGUCAUUGAAAGUCGAGCCCAAAAGGAUGAGGAGAAAAUGGAGAUCCAGGAGAUCCAACUGAAAGAGGCCAAGCACAUUGCUGAAGAUGCUGACCGCAAGUAUGAAGAGGUGGCCCGUAAGCUGGUCAUCAUUGAGAGUGACCUGGAACGUGCAGAGGAGCGGGCCGAGCUCUCAGAAGGCAAAUGUGCCGAGCUUGAAGAAGAGUUGAAAACUGUGACGAACAACUUGAAGUCACUGGAGGCUCAGGCUGAGAAGUACUCUCAGAAGGAAGACAAGUAUGAGGAAGAGAUCAAGGUCCUUUCUGACAAGCUGAAGGAGGCUGAGACUCGGGCUGAGUUUGCAGAGAGGUCAGUAACAAAAUUGGAGAAGAGCAUUGAUGACUUAGAAGAUCAACUCUACCAGCAACUUGAGCAAAACCGCCGCCUAACUAACCAACUAAAGCUGGCCCUGAAUGAGGAUUAAAUUUAAGUGGGAAAGAACUUGGGCUGAAUUCUAGGAAUGGAGCCCAUGGUCAGGAACUCUAAGACUGUUAUGCUUUCAGCUAUAGGGUAGCUUUCUGCAGAAAUGUACAUGAAAGGAUUCAGCUGAAAGGCUGGCCUUGUCUGCAUUUUUCUUUUCUAUCUGGAAUAAUUCAGUUCUCUCUAAUCUCCAAAUAACUUUUAUGGUAAAAUAUAAUCUUUAUGUAUAUGAAUAAAUAUAACAAUAUAGCACUCCUCUUUGCAACAGUAGGUCCUCUUGUUUGAACUGGUACAUAAAGAAGACCUCAAAAAAAUGUUUUCUAUUUCCUACAGAGAACUGAGUCCUACUUUAAGUUAGAAAGCCAAAGCAGAGGGGUGUGUAUGUGUAUAACUUAUAUAUAUAUAUGUUAUAUAUAGGGUGUAAUAUAUAAUAUAUAUAUUCCUAUUACAUAUUCCUAUUCCUACCUUCUUAAUAUCUGGUAUAGUGUUUGAAAUGUGAUUAAAUGUACCUAUGCUUGGGCAAAACCGCUUUUGAAAACAGGAACUCAUGUCAGAAGUCCCUGAUUGUCUGGAAGGUAUGCUUUUAUCCAGUCUGACAGUGUUAUAAGAGUCUGGUGAGAAUGUCAUGCUGAUAAUGAAUAGACCGCUGUAAGAAUAGUAAGAGAAUGUCCUACUAAAGUGUGCAUGAAACAUGUUGAUAAUUUUUUUUUAAUAAGCAACAGAAAUAAAUUAUUUCAAAAGUUGUCAGAAAACCUACUUACGGCAUCUCUGUUUUCUGUGAGAUUGUGUUACCGCACAAUUCCCAGGCCGUUAACUGCCUGUAACCCCGAAGUGUCUGCUGUCAUUAACUCCAGCGCUGCCAGCGCCUCUCCCUGUUCCCGCAGCGCACGACCAGUGAACCUUCACCCAGCCCACCUGCCUUUUAUCCUCAGAGUGGAGUGUUGGUGAGGGUUCACCCUGCUGCCCUGUGAGAACCUGCUGUGCCUGUGGUUCCUUCGGGCCCAAGACGGCUUCCUUCUCUGUAGGUCCUUGUCUGGAAAUGAGUAAUGCCUGACAAGCAUGCCUAGUCCUAAUCGUCUCAUCCUGUGUUUGUGAUUGAUGUUGCCUGCCUAAAUGUACAAACCAUCAUUGUGUCCAAAGCGCAGCUAUUCAUGACUUGAUUUUCUAAUCCCACCACAGAGAAAGUGGCUCAUGCCAAAGAAGAAAACCUUAGUAUGCAUCAGAUGCUGGAUCAGACUUUACUGGAGUUAAACAACAUGUGAAAACCUCCUUAGCUGCGACCACAUUCUUUCAUGUUUUUGUUGUUUUUUGUUUUAUUUUGUUUUUCAACACCAUGCUUACCAUGAAACCCCUUAAAUGCAUUUUUAUUUACCUUUACCACUGUCACAGAAACCUCUGCAAAAUGCCCUCGACAUUGGUGUGGGGGAAACACACACACACACACACACACACACACAGGCAAGCCCAUGUCAGAGCGACGAUGAUUUACUUGUGCCAUUUCCCCAGGGUGACAUUGCCACACUUUGUAGAGAGUUUAGCAACACAGUACGCUUAGUCAAUCCAGGAAUCCUCACCAAAGCAGAAAGAUUUCCGCUCCAAGUGCCAACAAUAUAUUCAACAGGAAGAUUACUGUUGGAAACAAUCAGGUGUGGAUUGGUGCUACUUGAAACAAAAGGUCCCACUGUGGUCUUCUGUUCAAUAUUGUACAAUUUAGAAAUCUGUCCAACACUUACUUUCUCUUGAGUUUUACUAUGAGACGAGACUAUGGAUUCUGUGUGUCUGAAUUCACUAAAGCCAAGGGUAUGUAAGCCACACUGCUCAUUUAAGACUUCUACUUCCUUCCAGUUGGCACCCCUGGAGCUCAUUUCAACUCACAGGAAAGCAUUCAGUGUGGGUUUCCACUCCUUUCAUGUCUCCAUGUUACAGUGAAAACUUAGUCACUACACUAAAUUUAUAAAGAACAUUUAAGAGUUAUAGCUACAGUAGCGCCCUUUAUCCACAGGGGAUACAUCACAAGACCCCCAGUUUGUGCCUGAAACCACAGAUGAUACUGAACCUUAGACACUAUGUGUUUUCUCCUGUACAUACACACCUUUCCACUCAAAGCGAGCGCUGUCCAGCUUAUCCUGGGCAGAUCGGAAUUGCCAGCAUCAUGACUCCUGCACUUUGGGGCCGUUGUUAAGUAAAAAUAAGGGUUACUUGAACACAAGCACUAAGACAGUGGGUCUGAUAACCAAGAGGGCUACUAAGUGUGGAGAGGCUGGACAAAGGGAUGAUUCACGUCCUGGGCAGGACGGAAUGGGACAACUCGAGAUUUUGUCACGCUACUCAGAACGAUGCACAAUUUAAAACUUAGGAAUUGUUUAUUUCUGAAAUUUUUCAUGUUUCCAACCAUGGUUGACUGCAGUUAACUGAAACCGAGGACCGUGAAACCGCGGAUAAGGGGGGAACUCCUGUAUAUAUAAACAUUGUAUAAUUGUAUGGAAUAAAAUGCACAUUGUAGGACAUUUUCUAAA